AUGAACCGCCUAGCUUCGACUCACCUUCUCAACAGGUUAUUUUCACCCCAGACGUCAAAAUUCAGAUUCUAUGCAGCUGAACCAGAAUACAGAGGGCCCAAAGAGAUGACACUCAAGCUUCCAUCAAGACGAUUAGAUGCGGUACUUAAAAGGACCUCGAACAUGGGAACAACGUAAGAUUUGUAUUUUUCUUUUUGUUGUUUUAGGUAUAAGGUGUAGAAUGCAAAAAUAAUUUUGUUGAUGCGAAAGGCUUAUCUAUUGUUAUGCUAGCUGGAUUCCAAAUCUUCUUGAUGUAAAAGUUAUUUACUUUCAGAGCACUGGAAAAAUCACUGGCCCGAGGUUUGAUCCGAGUAAACGAAGAGGUCUGCAAUAAGAAGGCGUACAAUGUUGAACCCGGAGAUGUCCUUGAACUGUGGCUGGCCCCUCUGAAGGACAACCCUAACCUCGCAAAGGCCCACUAUGUGGAAGUGGUUGAUUUUCAAAUCAAACCGGACAAUUAUCAUAUUCUUGUUCAAGUGGAUAAAGAUCUGGUGGUGCAGAAUUGGAGAAAGGAUGAGAUGUGA